AACAAACAAACAAACAAGAGGACAAAAUGAACCGUGUUUGUUCAUCCCAGAUGGACGUGAUAACUUACCGCACCCUCCUGGUGAUGCUGACGGUGAAGGGUGUGACAGACUCCUUCCACUCGGCCGCCCUCCCCUCUGUCUACAUUGACGACAACGUCUUGGAUAAGUCUAGGGUCAGCAUCUUUAUCGAUACGUUGAUGACGUCGAAAGAUCAGCGGUUUGUAGGUGCCUGGUGGUUGUCCUAUCUCAUCUUCGGAAUCGGUACCGCCUCUGUGUCUGCCUUGAUCAUGCUCAUGCCUCGCUCACUCGUGUCCAGCCGGCGGCAAUGGGAGGCGCUUCAACGGGCCAAAGAGGACUUCAAAUACAAGGGGCGGGGCGAAGGUGGGGCUAAUGCACAUGGUAACGCCCACACUGAAGGCAGUGUUGGAGACGCCAUCAGGAAAGUCAGUGUUGUAAUCCAGCCUGAGAAAGAAAAGGUCAACACAAUUCAAGGCAAACUGGACAGCCACACCCACAACGCCACGCCACGCCCACACGUCUCCAUCCCUUUCAAACGCACAUUCAGUUGGGAGCCAGACCCGCUCAGUGUAGAGAGGAAGAGCAGUCUCGCGAUGGCUAAACAGGACACAGGAACUGAACGUCAGUCUGAUUUGUCAGGUCCUCCUUCGCCUGUUACCAAGACAGAAGACUCAUCGACCUACAAAGACACAAGUUUUUCUUCAGUGUCUGACUCGGAGAGUGUCGAGAGUGGUCAAUUCCCAGGUCAAAACCCUAGCUGCUGGGGAAUGCUAAAAGAUUUACCCCAAGCCUUAUAUCGUACGUGCAGACGACCUGUCUUUGCGCUCCUUUUGCUUGAUCUGGUCAUCACGUCCAUACCCACAUCUGGAACUGGCGCCUUCCGGUCAAUGUACAAGGCCAAGGAGUUCAAUAUUCCCAUGGUUGAAGUAUCCUUGGCAACAGACCUUCACGGGCUGCCAUUUACUGGAGAACUCAACGUUUGGUGACACUGUGUCCCCGGGAUUAUGCCCAACAAGUUGCCAUGACAACUUCAUUGUUUAUGUGCUGCUGCAUGGUGUGCAGACGUUUGUUCAGAACAUGUCUCUGAUGCCCAAGAACAUGCUUAUUCUGCGCCUCGUCGAUCCCCAGGACCGAGGCUUCGCCAAAGGCUUGUUUCUAUUUAGCCACGUCAUUCGUAUCUGUUCGCUGGCAUCGACAUGGGCACUCACAUACUGGUGCAGCUCACUAUCAUUCUGAUGAUCUUUGUGUUAAAAGUACAGCAAAAGAGAGCAAAGAGGAAAUUCCUCGUCACAGAAAACCCAAAAGAACACAACUAACUUUAACACUUUAAGGAAAACCUAAAGACUGCCGUAAUCCAGGACUGGGUCACAUGUACUUGAUUUCUUCUUCCUCAGAGCUUUUCUCUGUCCUUUUU